UUAACCUAACCUAAUCGUCUUGUGGAAGGGAAAAUAUCGCAUAAAACAGACGAUCGUUUAUAACUACGAUGGAAAUCGUCCGAGUAGGAUGACACAGUGUGAGGGAGGAGGUGUGGUGGUGGAGGAGGGCAGGUGUGUCACUCCCACACCCGCCUCACUACUUAAACCAAAAUCAUAAACAACUACGAGCUACACAGAGCAAGAAGAGUGAGACAAGACACUUAACGGGACUAUGAAGGUGCUGCUACUAGUCGGGGUACUGCUUGCUGCCCACGUCUACUGCCUCCUGGCUGACCCUUACAUAUACAGUGUUGAAGAAAUCUAUGAGGUCGACUACUUUGACUAUGAGGAAGACGAUGCAGAGGCAGAGGAGGAGUGGCGGGUGGAGGACCUGGACGAAGAAAGUGUCGGCUGGAUUGGUAACAUCAUCAGGGACGCCAUUAUAGAUAUACUGGAGGAUAUAAGGGAGGGGAUGGUGACGGGCUUCCCUGAGUUGGGCAUCCCUCCUCUUGACCCUCUGGUGAUUGACUCCAUCCCUUACAAUGUCUCCUGGGAUAAUAAUACGGUGUACGGGAACAUGUCAGGCUCCGAGUUAGUGGACCUGGCCACCUUCCAGACAGCCAAGGUGUUGGUGAAUGUAUUUGGCCUCAGUGUAGACAUCGGCCUCCUGCUGGACGCCCUUGAGCUGCAUGGGGCUUAUGUCAUGGACGGCCGCGCCCUCGACCUCCACGUGUUUGGUGAUGGUGCCUAUCAUAUCAAGCUGAAUGAGAUCACCCUCUCCUUCUUUAUGAAACUUGGACUGGGGAAGUACGUGUCUGUGAAGGAAAUGACAGCUGACUUCACACUUAAGAGCUCUAAAGUAAGUUUAUUGGCUGACUUCACACUUAAGAGCUCUAAAGUACAGUUCGAGCACCUGAUGAACGGCGGCAUCACCGGGGCGCUGAUCAACGAGGCACUAAGUGUGGAGCUGCCCAAGGUGCUGGGGGUGAUGGAGAACUUGGUGAUACCUCCGCUGAUGGACCUCCUUCAGAACCGCACCAACGAGUUCCUCCGCCAGUACCCCAUCAUCCCGGACUUCAACAUCACCGACAUCUACACUGAUUAACUUGAUGGUGGUAUACGGUACACACGACACCAUCCAAGGUACAGAUAAAGAGUCGUUCUACCUCUCUUUCUCUGUACCUUGACACCUUUAUGGUAGAUUAAAUCCAGGUCAAAAGAUUUAGUUGUGUUUAGGGAUGGAUAAGUUUUACUUUAGGAAAUAAAUAUGUGAAAAGUAACAUCAUUAACGCAUAAACUAGCCUAUUGUUAGUUGUUACAGUCUCCAUUAAUUGUAUAUAAUAUAUUCUUUAUUGGUCAAGAUCAAUUUAGUCGAGUAGAGGUUAAAACAGUCCACUGUACUUUGUGAAAUGAAUAAAAUAAAUGAAUAGAAACAUCA